AUGCUUUCGCUGGGUCAAUCUCUGGCCGACCCCGAGCCGGAAGGGCCCCACAUCACGGCCGUCAACGUUCGCGUGGUCCUGUGCACUUACACAUAUCACCGGUGUCGCGUCAUUGAGGAGCGCAAAGAUGCCACCGCGUCCCCUACCAGGCUUGGCCCCCUGACCCAAACAGCUGGGCGAGAGAAGGCAUUUUCCAAAGCGAACAUGGCCAACAAUACUGCUUUCGCCAUCGGUCGUUCGCGACGGAGGUCGGGCAGACUGAUUGAAAAGAUACAAGCGACUGUCGGCUCUUUUGACACAUUGGCUGCGGCCGCCAGCGAUGAAGCCAAGAUGCCACCUCGGCUAAGUAGUCUGGGCAUUAGCAUCAAGAUAAGCUUGUCGGGGAUGAUCAAGGUCGCCAGCACGCGCAACGGGACUAUCGACGCCGACCACGAGCGCACCAAACGCGGGGCUCGCAAGACGCGAGGUCCGACUUUUAAACACGGCCGAUCCACCCGCCCGCAGCGAUAG